UAAUUCCGCAGAAACGUUUGGGCCUGAGCAAGUAUCGUUAGCUGGACCUUCCUUAUCCACCAACCACCGUGCGAUCUCAGACUAGACCAGCCUCUCCGUCCUCCCCACCCUAUCGGACCACGCCGGGUCUUUCCGGCCAUGUGGUCCCCACCACCACCUCUGCCGCUCCAGCUCCAGCUCCGGCAAUCGCCACCGACGCUGCCUCUCUUCUCCCACGGCCGCCGCCUCAGCCGUAUCGCCGCCUCCCAAGAGGACCCCCUCACGGCCCUGACCCGCGUCCUGUGGGGCCGGGCCCUCCCCCCUUCCCAGCUCGUCCUCGCCGUCCGCCACGGCUGGACCACCGCGUGGCGGCUCCUCAUGCGGCAGCUCGCCCCCUCGGACCCUUCCACGGGCGCCUUCACCCGCACCCCGUCCCGCUUCCCCGCCGUCGUGGCCGCGCCGAGCCCGACCGCCUCCCUCCACCUCUACGUCGGCCUCCCCUGCCCCUGGGCCCACCGCGCGCUCCUCGUCCGGGCCCUCCUCGGCCUCCACCGCCGCCUCCCCGUCUCCGUCGCCGUCCCCGGCGACGACGGCGCCUGGUCAUUCACGGCCGCCAGCCCCGACAGGCUCUACGGCAAGUGCAGGCUCCGCGACGUCUAUGGCGCGGGGACCGGGGAGUUCGAGGGCAGGGCGUCCGUGCCCAUGCUCUGGGACGCCGACCGCCGCCAGGUCCUCUGCAACGAGAGCAUCGAGAUCGCCAAGUUCCUCUGCACCCUCGCCGGAGACGACGGAGACCUCGACCUGUACCCGCCGGAGCUCCGCGGGGAGAUCGACCGCUGGUACGGCAUCAUCUACCCGAGCGUCAACAACGGCGUGUACCGCUGCGGGUUCGCGCAGAGCCAGCAGGCCUACGACGCUGCGGCCGGCGAGCUCUUCGCCGCGCUGGACACGCUCGAGGAACACCUCUCCCGGUCCCGGUACCUCUGCUCCGGCGAUGGCCUCACGCUGGCAGACGUCUGCCUCUUCACGACGCUCAUACGGUUCGACCUCGUGUACAACCCGCUGUUCCGGUGCACCAGGAGGAAGCUCGUCGAGUACCCCAGCCUCCACGCCUACACGCGGGAGAUCUACCAGAUGCCCGGCGUUGCCGACACCUGCGACAUGGACGCUAUUGCCGAGGGGUACUUUGGGACCCUAUUCCCGCUCAACCCCGGCGGGAUCCAGCCCGUCGUACCCGCGAGCUGCGGCCGGGAAGCGCUCAUGGAGCCGCACGGCAGAGAGGCCUUGCCUUCUUCUGCACCUGCUGCUGCUGGUAGGCAGCUAGGAGCGGCUAGUAGUGUUUCCUAGUGUCUAGGAUGAUUACAAGCCUUCCUAGAAUCAAUCCUAGUGAAGAAGCUGGAUGGUGUAGCACAUAAGUUACUUUACUGAAUAAUAACUCUGUAUAGACAGGAUGAAAGCAAUGACAGAUCGAAUUUCAUGUGUCA